AUGCGUGGUUUCACGAUCGCUUGUAUACUCGAAAGUACGAAUUCGACUUCGACAUCGACACCAAUAGCAACAACGAAUAAAUUAAAACGAAAGAAUUCUGAUGAUAAUGAAGAAUAUCAGCCUAAUAAACGACAAACAACGGAAGUAUCUGAAAUCUUAUCACCGUCAUCCGCUCUGCUUCUGCCAAGUUCAUCAUCUGACAAUAGUAAUAAUAAAUUGUCAAUUAACGACGAAGAACGUGAUUCCUCUACGGAGCAACACAGUUGUGACGAACGGCCACGGAAAGUCCGACGAAGUCGAACAACAUUCUCUACAUACCAGUUACAUCAGCUGGAACGUUCAUUCGAAAAAACGCAAUAUCCAGAUGUCUUUACACGUGAAGAACUUGCGAUGAGAUUGGAUUUAAGUGAAGCGCGUGUACAAGUUUGGUUUCAAAAUCGUCGCGCUAAAUGGCGUAAACGUGAAAAAGCUCUCGGUCGUGAAAGCCCGAAUUUCAUGGGUCCACACGAUUUAGAAGCCUUUCGUCAUCAAAUGUCAACGUAUUUAUCCAAUGCUUUAACUGGAAAUAUUCCAGUCCCUAAUGAACGUCCGCAAUUACCUGUGCCUCCACCACACUAUCUUCCAUUUCUCAUGGGUCAUCUCGACGAAAAAGUCCUAGCCCGUUUACCAACUAAUGCGGCAGCAGCAAACAUCUCUCCAAAUUUCGGCUUGCUAUAUCAUCAUCCUCAUCAUUCAACACCGCCGCCAAAUAUUAAUAUAUCAUCUGCAUCGCCAACAUCAUCAUCGAACUCAUCAACAUCAGAUAUUCCGGAACAAUCAUCGUCAUCACCAUAUUUAGCAACAUUCGAUCAUCAUAGACGUGUGAAGCUAGAACUACAAGAUGCUACUGCUUGA